AUGGGGGAACGCGUCCGCAGCCAAGAGGACGAGGUGGCGCUUGAUCGAAAAAUCGCCGAGAUUCGCGAGAAAAACCAGCGAAUCCAGAAACGAGCACAAGAGAUUGAGGCCGAUCGAAUUCAAGCGAACGGUGGUGGCGAGCAGAAAAAGACCGAAAAGUCCCCUCCUAGCUCAACUUCGGGCAAUAAAACCGGAAAAGGCGCUUGGGAUCGAGAGUGGGACAAGGGGAAAACACCAGCAGAGCAAUGGCGUGAGAAUGUCCCGUCGAUGGAGUUGACUGAUCGGAAACGCUAUGAUGGUGGCGGUGGAGGGCAGGGUCGGAAGAGAAGCGAUGGAUCGCAUGGAUCGCAUGGAGGGGAUCGUCCAAUGCAAACAAAUGGACACAACAAUAGUCAACGGUCGCAAAGGAAUGAAAGAAAUGAGCGACAGAAUCUUCAAUUAAAGAAUGAUCAGAAACGGGGAGAUGGACCAAAUUUGGGAGCACGAUUGGCGGGAAGGAUUUCUUUUGAUAAGGAAAGAACUUCUACCGACAAAACUAGAAUGAAUGGCCAAAAUGGAAAGAAGUCAGACUUCAAAAUUGAGAUCAAAAAUCUAAAUGAUUCAAAAUCGGGUGCUCAUCGCGGAGAGUGGCAAAAACGCCAUGAUCGUGUGCAGAGGGUGAGCGGAGGAGAGCAGCGACAAGAAAACAACAACAAUGUUGAGAAGGGAAAACCCCGACAGCGACGAGAGAGCGAUAAUCAUGCGGUGAAAAAUGUUGUUUAUCAACUCGUGAACAAAGUGGUGAAGCAAGAGCGCCGAGAGCAACGCGUCAAUGAAAAAGAUGAGGUUUUCAUUGAAAAAUUGACAAAUCAAGGAAGCGAUGAGGUCGAGGAGGAUGAAAAAAGAGAGAAAGAACCCUCUCCAGUGAAAGAAAGCACUCCAAUUGAGACACCGGUCUCCGACUCGUCUAAGGAAGUGUCCCCUCGUCUCCCCUCUCCCGUCCAAGAAACAAAAUUGAGUCUCGUCAGCGAAAGCAUCGUUCGCCCGCAAAUCAUCGCU